AUGGAAGUAAAAAUCGAUUUGUUCGAUCAAACCUCUGUUCAUCCCUCGAGCCUCAACAAAGUUCUCAUCAAUCUCUCCCACAGAUUCCAGAGAUUCACGAUCGAUGAAUCCGAUGGAACCCUAACUUGUACUGGAUUUUACGCGGCGCCUCCUCUUCCCGUCUCUCAAAUCAAUGUGUUGCUCGACAAUGUUCCCGUUUCUGAAGAAUCCAAAUGUGCAAUCUUUUUGGAGGGUUUGUGGAACGACGAAGACGACGUCUUGAACAAUCGGUGUCAUAUGAGAUGUGUCGGCGAGUGGUUAGUGAGGAGUAACUCUUGCCCUCUCUGCCGUGAGAUUGUGUACGAAUAG